AUAAACACUGGUAAAGUGUGUGUAUACAGACUAAUAAUUAGUGCAUUAGGGCAUAGUCCAUUGAAAGAUCAGGAUUACUGCAAAGACAAGAAUGGAGAUGAGUGAGGAGAUUUAUGCAAACACAGAGGUUACAAAAGACAGUGACAGGAAGAACUCAUAUGAAGAUGUUUAUGCAAAUCAGGACAAUUUGGAGACCCAGAGGCCCAGAAACUUUAAGGAAUCUGAGAACUCAGGAUUCAACACAGAAGGGGGCAGAUGCUACAGACUGGCUGCAGUGUGCAUGGUCAUGUUCUUAUGUGUUCUUUUAACCGCAGUUGCAGUACUGUGGAUUAAAUUAACCAAAAUGAAUACAGAAAAAGAUCAGUUACAGACCAAUUACAGCAAAAUGACUAUAAAGAGAGACCAGUUAGAGAGCAGUUUCAAAAAUAAACACCUGAGUAUUUUGUGUUCUACUAUAUAAUCAGGUCUUGUUAAACAAGGAUGGAGGUUCACCAGCUCCAGUAUUUACUACAUCUCUACUGGGGAGAAGAACUGGACUGAAAGCAGACAGGACUGUAGAGCGAGAGGAGCAGACCUGGUGAUCAUAAACAAUGGAGAGGAAUGGAACUUCAUCAUUAACCAUAUGGGCAGCUAUAAACAGGCUUGGAUUGGUCUGAGUGACAGAGACACAGAGGGGACAUGGAAAUGGGUGGACGGUACACCACUGACCAGCACCACUCAAUACUGGUUUAAAGGGGAACCAAAUGAUCAGGGUCAAAAUGAAGACUGUGGUGAGAUUUGGAAUUUUUCAGAUAAGAAGGCCUGGAAUGAUAGAUCAUGUUCUUAUAAUGCAGGAUGGAUCUGUGAGAAAAAUGUUUAA